UUUUAGAAAUUCUUUGCUAAUUUAAAAUUGUUUUGCGCGGCGAGUGUCGCCUCGUGUUCCUCUCGGACUGGAAUCCGCGUCGACGUGCGAAAUUCGCGCGACGAACGCUAAUCGAAUCGGAAAAUUGAGGGAGAGACGUCUGCUUGUGACCUCUGACUAGAUUGCACAUCCGAACGAAAAUAUUUUUAUAUAACGUCGGAACCUUGUAGCUGAGGCCGCCGAGCUGUUUUGUAAGCGUUAAACGUUCAAAGGAAGAUGAGUGGCAAAGCGCCGAAAAAAGCGAAGAAACCCGUCAGCACGACUUUGGGCAAGGCGCCCAGUCAAAACAGCGAAACUGAGCACGAUGUUUCGAACCUGCAGAGACCCAUCGAGACCAGCGUGACGGGGUUCAGGCAGGUGUUGGCGCUGCUCGAAACCGCCACCGAUGAGGUGAAGGGGUACGUAAUGCACGAGUGCGGCAUCAUGUAUGAGUGCAAGGUGUGUCGGAGCAUUUACAGGAGCCUUGCCAAUUUCGUGCUGCACAAACGAUGUUAUUGCAAGGAGAGGUGCGGUUCCAUCGACUAUUUAGGCAAUGCCGCCGCCUAUCAGGAGCGCGUGCGCACGCCGUCAGGAAAAUCGAACCUCGGAUCGCCGGAUAUCGAUCGGAAGAAAAAAAUCGAUACCGUAAUCGAUAAGCUGGUCGAUAGGCGGGAGGUGGAGGCGCUCGUUAAAAAAAUCACCGAGGAGGACUUGACUGGAGACGACUCGAACAAAAUCGUCAAGGACAUGAAGGACCUGGAGGUCGCGGCGUCUCUCAACAAUAACGUCGUCCUCGAGAAGAUCGACACGAACGGCGCCGCCAUGUUCCAAACGGUGGUUCAAAAUGGCGUCGAGAAAAGCGACGAAGACGUGAGCGACGCGGAUCUGAUGAAAUCGGAGGUGAUGGAGGUGCACGGCAUCCUGGAGAAUAGGGACGUAGUGCUUGGCGAGGACGGCAAGGUGUCUCAGUACCUCACGGCCGCGAAGCUCCGAGAGAAUCCCCUAUUUCCUAAGUCUAACCUCGCGUGCGGCGAAUGCGACCUCAGGUUUACCACCCGCAAAACUCUGAUCCACCAUGUCAAGAACCAACACAACCAGAGCCGGAUCAUGUACGUUUGCCCAACGUGCAAGGACGCGUUCGCGAACCCCUGGUGCGUCUACCGCCACUUGCUCAAAGUCCACCGUAUGACCAACAAACAAGUAAGACGUAUGCGGGAGCAGGUGCACAACAGUUGGAUCCGCCGCGACGAAAUCAAGGAGAAGAAGACGACCGACUGCGUCGUCGUGGCGGAAAAAUCCCAAGAAAAUCAGUGGAUCGACGUGAUGGAGGCGGGCAACGACCUCCAGAUGUGCGGCGGGUGCGGCAAGCGCUUCGAGCGCAGGGCCGCUUUGCACUCGCACUCGCAGAUGUGCGCGAAGCGCAUCGCGCUCUGCAACGCGAUCAAAGAGGACGGCAAGAAAGUGGCCGCCGCCGCCGCCGUCGCCGCCGCCCCCGAAGAAAAAAAACCGGCCCCCGCGGACGAAGACGCGCCCAGGGGCGCGUCCCGCAGGAAACCGGACGUGCUACGCAUGUACGAGCGCAAACCCCUCGACGACGACGACGACGACGUCAUCUUCGUCGGCGAGGAGCGCGUCGAGAACGGUUUCGCCGGUUUCGACCUGUCCAACUUGUCGUACAACAACCCGCUGCGCAGGAGGUCGGCGAAACGCGCUAGCGACGGCGACGACGUCGACGGCCGGCACACCAAGUCGACGAGGACGUCGUGCGCGGGUCUCGUCGACCGUGCCGCCCCCUACAUGGACGACGAGAGGACGCGGUGCCGCGCGUGCGAAUCCCACUUCCCGUCGACGCGUCUCCUAUUACGUCACAUGUCCGGCCACUUCUCCUGGUUCCGGUACCAGUGCGCCAAGUGUUCGUACGUGUCGUUCGCGCGCGCGGACUGCGUCGCGCACGCGCGCCAACUUCACCGUCGGGACGACGACGUCGUCGUCCCGGUGCCCGACUGGAAGACCGUCCUCAUGUCGCACGACUUCAAGCCCCUGGAGAAUCGUCCGGACCUGUCCGAGGUCGUCGUCGACCUCGACGAAGAAGACGACGUGGUCCCCGUGCCCCGCCUCGCCGUCGUCGUCGAAGACGUCGACACGUGCGGGUUGUUCGCGGAGCGCGUCGCGCCCCACGAAGACGACGACGACGUCGACGUCGGGGACGACCUCCACCGGCUCCCGGAGCCGCCGGAAUUGGCCGUCAUGCCGGCGGACGUGUCCGGCGCGAUCAAGGCGGUCGAAAGGCGCGAAGUGGGCGGGGUCGACGAGUUCGAGGAAAGGGCGGGUCCCGCGGCGUGCGAUUGGUCGGACGGGUCGAGCGACGCGGAAGAUUUUUACUACGACAUCGAGCACCACAAUUGCGACGGCGCCGUCGCGGACGACGCCAAGGGCGAGUUCGCGGAGAACGCGGUCGAUCCGCUCGACACGACGCAACGCCCCUCGCGGAUACGCACCAAGGCGAGGCAGGACGAGGACUUCUUGUAUUACGGCGGCGCGAAGGGUUGCGACGCUUUCCAGGUGCCGCGGGCCAAGGGCAAGGCGGCCAAAUCGACGUCCGGCCCUUUGGCGAAGAAGAAAUGAUCGUUUCGUUACUUGUGAUACCGUUUUUGUAAAUUAUUUUUCAGAAUAAAGAUUCGUUUUUG